AUGGCGUCUGAGGAGGACAAGAGUAAUGCACCCAAUGGCGGAGGCGCUCCAGUGCUGGACACGUCGUGGAUCGACGACUCUGCUGUUGUUGCGGUCGCCUAUGGUGGAGAUAGUGGCGGCGUAACUCGAGGGCGCGGCGGCGGCAAGCGGCGUACUCGCCGACGCACUCUAAGCCCAUCGAUCGGCAAGCACAACUACAUGUCCAACGUCGACUUGAACGACCCCAUGAAGUAUCCGAGUCUCCCAUCGUCGGGCGGUGACGACGGCGGCAGCAGCAAUCAUCAGAAGAGCAGGAGCCCUAGCAGCCACGAUCAAGAAUUCGGAGGAGGAUUAGCCGAGGUGACGAUCCUUCGCCCUCCUCCUCAGCGGGACACCGACGCUGCUGUUACUUCGCCUGGUGCCGAUUCCGCCGCCGCUAUUAGCGUUCCUGCUUCGCCUAGCGGAAGCACGGCAAGCCCGGACACCGAUCUACCGGACCCCACGGCCGUCGCCGACUUGUUCGAGGCCGAGGAGGGAACAACACUGGCUUCGCGGCCGUCGCCGCUGGGCACCCUCAAUAACAACGAGACGAAGCCCUCCUCGUCGUCCGCUCCAAAGAAGAAAAGCGAAGGGAAACAGGACCCUCUGGGGCAGGCGUCGUCGGCAGCGGUAGCACGGGGGCGUCGUAGUCGCCGCGCCACUUUCGGGGGAGCAGAUGCUCGCAUACGCCUGGAAGCGGAAAACCUCGCACCUGUUUUGCCCAGCAAGCCACCCAACCCUGUUCCUGCUGCUCGAGCUCCUACCGCCACGAGAUCGCCCAGGACCAUGGACGGAGAGGUCGUUGGUGCCGUGGAGGAGCAAGCGUCGGGUCUUUCUACAGCGAUAGCGGCGGCGGCAACUCGGCCCGGCGAUGGCGAAGAAACACAGAAGCGGGUCCCGCCACCGCCGCCGCUCGCUGCCGCGACAAAGAAGAGCAGGUCCCGCAGCUCCAGGCGCAGGUCGAUCGUGAUGCCCUGCGAAGCUCAACCGUUGAUGGAUAGCGAUCUCGGUGAAGACCACGCCGAGGCCGAAACCCCAAACAUGCCGCCUCCGCCGCCCGCGCCGCCCGCCACCGGGGGUGAUGGCACGGCCACCGCGGCAGCGACACCUGCAGACGGCGACGGCAAGCCAAGCCAAGGCAGCACCAGCACGACCAAUUCCCCGGCUGACGAGCUCCCGCUCUCCUCGAUCAACGUCGUGUCCUGCCUGUCCCGCCCGCUCGCGGCCCAGCGCGGCUGGCCCGUGGGGGAUGAGGACACCAGGAAGCGGCUCUUUCGGGCGUUCUACGGGGCCGCCCCGGGCUCGCAGAGAGCGAGGCGCGUCGCGGCGCGGCUGUUCUGCCUGACGGGGUACGCCUUGUCCGCCGUGGCCCCGGAGGAUGCGCGGGUUCUGUGCGAGGCGGCGGGGGAUAGCAUGGAGUGGGGGCUGGAGGGUGACGAGCCCAGGCUGGUUAGUCAGCCCGUCCGCCGCGAGUCGAAGGAGCAGAAGAGGGGGCUUGUGCUGCGAAUCAAGGUGGGGGACCCGCUUUUCGAUCUCAUGGACAAGGCCUCCAAGGACGAGAAGCUCAAGGCUGAAUCGGCAACCGGGGUCGUGUCGCGGAAGGCCGCCCCUGACGGCUUUUGCUACGAAGACCGCGAGACCGGCGAGCCUGUCGAGCCGGGCGCGUACAAGGUCCCGUACCUGAGACACGUCCGCGAUGUUCGCGCGUCCAGGGUUCGGGAGUUUGCGGCGGCGCGAAGGGUUGUUGUUGCUGCUUCUGCUGCUGCUGCUGCUGCUGCUGCUUCUUCCUCUGCCUGCCGGGAGACGGCCGUCGAUGGUAUGAUGCCGGGAGUGGAGAAGCGCGCGUCGUCGUCAGUGAAGGGCACAGCCAUUUCUGUUGCCUGCAUCUCACCCACGCGAGCGGAGGCGGCGAGCAAGUCUCGGCGUAACGGAGAGGGGCUGGUUGCAGACCCGGCGACCGAUGCUUUCGCAGCGGCCAGCCGCGUUACUGUGGGGGAGUUGGCCGCGGCGAAGGAGAGUCUUCCGCCUGGCGCCGCUUCGUGGGGGGUUGACAACAACGGAGACACGCCUUCGAAGAAAAUCGACGGUGGUGGUGCGGUUGUCGCGAUAGGAGAGGGAGAGGCCCGAGACGAUGUGUCGGGGGGAGAAGAAGCUGACGUACUGACAAUAACAGAGGGUACUACCCAGGAGGCGUCGCCCGAAGCAGCGGCUGAAACGCCAAGGACGGUAACUUCAGGGGAAAGGUUGUAUGUGGGGGUGACAGCAGCGGUGGCGAAGAACGCCGCCGCAAUCGAAACUUUGGUCUCUUCGAAUGAAGCGGCGGUGGUGGAUGGUGCAGGGGAGGAGAAAGCCAUGGCCGAAGCGUUAGUGCGCGGUGAAGUCCAAGAGGUGGAAGAUUUGGAGGUGUGGAAGGACAUGACUGCUCCUGUAGUGGCUGGGGGCGGCGUUGAGACCAUACGUGAGAGCGCCGCUGGCGAGGUCAACCUCGAUUCGUCACCAUCUAGCCAUGGUACUCCCGAAGCGGUUGUGCCACAUCCCCUUUCAGCAAGGCUGCGAGAACCUCACGGCGACUCGGGUCUUGAAACAGCAGCGAUUCAUCCACCUUUUUCUCACGGUGUUCCAGAAACUCACGGCGUCUUCGUCCCGGAAGAGAGCAGCGCCAGCCGGGUCCCUGAGACAUCGACCCCUCGUGUAUUGGCUACCCACGGGGUAGUCAGCCCCACGACGACCUCGUCGGUCAACGCUGGGUCCUCCGGGGAUGAACAGGGCCGCGACGGCGCUCCUCUCGCCGCCUGUGGCAAUAGAGUGGAUUCGAUUUCGGAGCGGGUGGAAGAGGCCGUCUCAGCGUACUCCCCGCGGAGGGGUGGCCAAACGCCGAUGAUUUCCGCCACCGCAAACCCCACCUCCAGGAACGGUGGAGGGAGCAGUGUAAGAGUGCUGGGCCCGCCGAGUUCGCCACCUGGUAGUGGUGGUGCUUCGUCACCUUUUGUCGAGCAAGGUCAACAUGAGGAGUCGCUGGGUGGGGGAACACCAGGUCCAGGAGGGACGGCUUGGAAGGCGUCUCACUUCGGAGUUGGUAGUCCCUUCAGCGCGGCCGCCUACGGUGCGGGUGCUCCUACGGUGCCCCCCGCGGGGGGGGUAGCCGUCAGCCCAGGGCAGGACGACGAAGGGGCGGAGGAGAUUGCCGCUCUCGAGGAACGCCUUUGGGCGGUGGUAGAUGCGGCGCUUCGGGAGUACCAUGAUGGGGUUGCUCUCGUGAGGUCCAGACGCAAUCACCACGCGUUUGCCACUGCUGGUGCAGCUUCUGAGACCGAGGAAAAUUCGACGGCCCUUUCUUGCGUGCCUGAUGCGGGGGCGGCUGCGACGCCCCCACCAGCAGCCCAGGUUGGCGAGACAGCUGCCUCGAGGACAAGCUCGGGGUUGGGCCUCGAGGAAGAGGCCUAUGCUUCAGGCCUACCGGCGAAGGCGGCCCCAGUAGACACAACCCCGUUGACCGGUGAUGUCGACCGCACGAGGGCGGUGGCGGCACCGGCGGCUGCAACGGUCGAACACGACGGCCAGCCCACGCCUGACUCGCCUCUCUUGCCUCUGCUGCAGCUGCGUCUUUCGGAGGAGGAAGACGACGAGCGGUUCGAGUAUUCUCUUGCCUGGGGUGGAGCGGGUGCGGAAGCUGGCGGGGGCGGCAGCGGCGGCGGGUCGUCAAAAGCGAGGGGUGGAAAGCCACGACGACGAAGCCUCGCCAAAGCGUUCUCCUCGCACAAAACAAGGAAGGAGCCGAAAGUGCACGAGGGAGCGGGGGCGAGGUCGGCGGCGCAAGUAGCAGGAAUCGAAUCUGAGGCGCGGGGCGAUGGGGUUGGGGGCGGCAAGACGACGAGGUUGACGUGCAGACUUUGUUGCCGAAACGCCUGCGACACGGUGAUGAAGCCUUGCCAACAUUCGGCGUGCAGCGUGUGCGUGGACAAGCUGCGGAGCCAGGGGGAACAGUCUGGGCAGGCCUUGUCGUGUCCUUGGGACCGGCGGGGUGUAGAUGAGAUAUGUCCGCUGCAAGAAAAUCCUUGA